CCGCAGCCAUUUUGGCCCAAUUUCACUCUGCACCACACUCGGCCACCUUCAUACUGCAAAAGCUGCCUCUCUGCCCUGGCGGCCACCAGCCCGUCAUGCUUCGACGGGCCGGCCUCUUGGGUGCGCUGCUCCUGGCCGUGAACGGCCUGCACCAGGAGUUCCAGCGGCAGCCCGUGGGGAGCAGGUUCGGCCAGGCGGGGCAGGAGCUGUCUGGCGCGGGCGCCGCCGAGGCGGACUGGCCGUGGCACUUUGGCGGCCACCACGCGGAGUCCAAGGCGCAGCAGCCCCUCGCCGACGCCGCGCCGACGGCGCCGGUGGCCGCGCCGGAGGCGGCGCCUCUGCACCGGGGCCGCCUGGCCGCCCUCGUGACCGGCUCGGUGGAGCGGCUGCUGCUCACACCGCUGCUCUCCAAUGUCGUCCGUGCCAACGCAGAGAGGGGCCUCCAGGUGGACCUGUUCCUCAGCCUGCAGGCGCCCUCCAGCAUUGUCCAGGCUGCCGCUGAGCUCGAGACGCCCGUCGACAAUGCGACCAGCGACCCCAAGGUCGCGCAGCUGCUUCAGGGCGCCAGCGUGGACAAUUUCAACAGCACCGUCAUGGACCAGAUCUGCUCGCUGGCCCUGGCGCAGCUCGCGUCGAGCUGCCAGUGGGACAUCGAGGGUGGCGAUCUGGGGCCAAUCGACGGCGCCACCGAGAGUUCCAUUUCGACCGACCGCGUCGCCGCGAGCGUCACCAGCGGCACCAGCCAGGCGGCCGUGGCGAGGUGGCGCUCGCGGUCCCGGCUGUGGAACCGGGCGCUUGCGAAGGAGGCGUCCCAGCGGAGGUACGCCGCGGUGCUGGUGGCCCCUGCGGACGGCCUGUGGAUGGCUCCCCUGGUCGUGGACGUCAGUGAGUUCCAGGCGGAUUCCAUGAAGGUCUCGGUGAUGUCCUGCUCCGACUCCGUCGCCGGUAUCAGGGGAAUGAUUAUGUCGGAGGCCGCCGUGAUGGGCCGCGAGGCGGCGGGGGCGAUGCUGCAGCUGUACCAGGUCAGCAGCACCGCCGAGGAGGUGGCCAGCUGGGUCGCCCGGGUGCGCAGCACGAACGUCGUGCCCGAGCCGAAGCCAGUGGCGCUGGCGACCUACACGCAGAGCGGGCUGCCCUGCUUCCGCAGGCAGUCGUUCAAUUUGACCCUGACGGAGGGCCAGGCUGCCGUGUACCAGCAGUGCUUCGGCGAGCCCAGCUCCGCCGGGCCGCUGACGAGUUUUUUCAACACCUUCAGCUGCGAGGACAUGAACCCUGCGUUCUAUGGCGUCCUGUGGCCGCAGCAAGUGAAGAAGCUCCACGCGGCGAUCGGUGAGCUGGCCGGCCGUCAGGAGAGAAAGCCGCUCGUCCUCACGGUGAUCGACGAGGAGGAGGAGGACCUCGCAUACCACAUGAUCAGGAGCCUGCAGGCGACCGGGGAGGCUGCGAACAGCCUCGUGGUCGGCACCGUCCCUGGCAUAUGCAGGGACAUGGAUGCGCUGUACGGCAUCCCGAGCAAGAGGUGCGUCGUCGUGCAGCCGGCGCAGAGCGUGCGGCGGGGAGUCCUCAGGCACGCGAUCCUGACGACCGCCGCGCUGGCCGGCCUCAGCGACCGGAUCACGCUCGCGUCGCCGCGCGUGGCCUUCGCGGGGCCCGCGGGCGCCCAGCUGCGCGCAGAGGCGGCCAGCAGGCACGUGGUCUUCGCCAGGGGCGGCAUGACGAGCAACGACACGGACGACUGUGGCGCUGCCGACGCCGGCCUCGACAGCGCCGUCGUCGCCGUCCCGGACGCGCCCGAGGUCACGAACCUUCUUCUCAGGGCGUGGGCGCGCAUGGUCGAGAGCCCGGGCGUCUCGCAGCAGGCGGCCCUCGCGGGCGCCGUGGAGGAGAAGGCGGACGGGGUGGAGGCGAUGCUGCUGUCCUGCAGCACGGCGAGGCUCCAGGAGACGGAGCGGGCGGAGAAGAGCGACGACGAGCUCCUGGCCGCCCUGGCGCCGGGGGAGAGGCCCCCCGCCCACCACAGGGCGAAGCGCUCCGCGGAGACCGAGGGCGCAGAGGUGGUCGAGGUGCAGCCGAAGCCGAAGCCCAAGGCCGGGCACUGGGACCCGCUCGAGAAGAAGUGGAUCCCCGCCGAGGGGGCGUCCAGGGUCCAGGAGCUGAAGGACAUGUGGUCGAAGCGCAUCGAGGAGAUGCGGGAAGCGAACGGGUACAACGAGACGGAGGAGCGGGAGGCGGCCAUCGCCAGGAGGAUGGAGAGGAGGAAGAAGAAACACAACCGAACUGGGCUGCCCACCCGCAAGAUCCGGUACCUGCCGCAGGCGGAGGUGGACAAGGUGAAGGCCAAGGACGACGCGUGGGCGGAGGCCCAGAGGAAGCAGAUGGAGGACGACCUGGCCCACGCGGACGAGCGCAAAGAGGCGUUCAAAAGGGAGGUCGAGAAGCAGAUGAAGAUCAUGGAGGGCGCGGGCAAGGACGACGAGGACGACGACGACUCCACGGACGACGGCGACCUGGGGGCGGAGUAGGCGGCUCUGCGGCCCCGAGCAGUGGCCAGCCGAGGCACCCUCCUCCCUUCGCUCCCCCCUUCGCUCCCCCCUCCCCUGCUCCCUCCUCCCUCGUCCUGGCGGCCCCCUCGAGGGGGUGGCGCAAGGAGGAGGGGGGGGGGGGCCUCUGGGAGGGCGGAGGGGCGGGGCGCUUCCCGGAGGGCAGGGGCCCUCGUGGGAGGCCCUGGCGGCUUCUGAGGGGGCCUCUCGGGGAGGCCUCUCUCGGAAGCCUCCAUGGCCUUCCGAGAUGGCCCCUGCCCUGAAGAAGCCCCCCCCCUUCCCAGAAGCGCCUUCUGGGGAUGGCCCCUGCCUCC